AUGCCCACAAAGUUCCAUCCAAUCGAGGAGCAGAGUGUGGACACGGAGGUGUACAUUGUGAAUAAGAAUGGUUUCGAACAACACGCCCGCAUCCUCGAGCGCCGAGUAGACGAGGUUUACGUGCAUUACCUAAAUGCAGACAAGAGACUUGAUGAAUGGCUUUCACAAAGCGCCGUGCGACCUUCAGGAUCCCACGAGGCCACCAUGUCGAGCGAUGGCAACGCUCGCAAGAGGAAGAGGGGAUCCGUCAGCGAGGAGGAUUCCGUCAGUCCUAACGCCAGGGCCUCGCCUGGCCACUCGGAUGCUCUUGCAGGUUCAGUGGGCCCUGAAGCCCAGGCUAUCACGGAAGAGGAGUACGACAUCAAACACCACAAGCAGAUCACCGCGAAAAGGAACUUUGACAAGGUCGUUUUUGGGCGAUGGGAGAUCAAGACGUGGUACUUCUCACCCUACCCUUUGACUGAGUCUGAGGCGGAAGACCAGGUCGCCACUCCCCACUCACAUGGGCCAUCCUCGGCCCCUCGAAUCCCUGGUGUCAGUCGUUCGACUAUUCGCUCGCAUGGCAGGACAUCCGAUCUGCUGGCGGGGGGUCUAGGUCGGAAUCACUCAGGUCCGGAGAAAGCGAUGUUGUGGGUUUGCGACAGGUGCUUCAAGUACAUGGCGGAGGGGCCUUCGUACGAGUCACACGUCAGAAAAUGCUCUAGGAAGUCGCCACCAGGUCGUAAAGUUUACCAGCGCGGCGCGCAUAUAAUCUGGGAGGUUGAUGGUGCGAAGGAGAAGCUAUACUGUCAGAAUCUCUCGCUCUUCGGCAAGUUGUUCAUCGAUAUCAAGACGCUCUUCUUUGACUGCGACAACUUCCUCUUCUAUAUAUUGACGGACGCCGACUCGCAAAGGGACCAUGUCCUCGGGUUCUUUUCCAAGGAGAAGAUAUCAUAUGAUGACUACAACCUGGCGUGCAUCGUGGUACUCCCGCCUUAUCAGAAGAAAGGCUAUGGAAUGCUCAUGAUUGAGUUCAGCUACGAGCUGUCACGCAGCUCCGGGCGCGUCGGCACACCAGAGCGACCCCUAUCUGAUCUUGGUCUCCGGAGCUACCUGACCUACUGGUUGUCCACCCUGAUCAGGUUCUUCCGCCGCCUGCUCUCGGUCCUGCCUCCGGACGCGUCGAAGAUGAUCACCGUGGGCGGUGUGCCGGACCUCGCAGACGCGCACCUAAUGUCGCCAUCGGCGGAGCCGGAGGACAGGGCGGCGCCGAAGAUGAAACGCAGGAAAAGCACGAAGGGCUGGGACGGCGAGGACCUCGCGGCGAGCAGUCGAGUUGUGGAGCCAUACGACGAUUCUGAUCCCAUGUUCACAUCCCUCCGGACUGUAGAGACGACACCGAACCCCGACGGAAGUGCCACGGCGCAUGUCGUCAUUCGGUGUACUCUGGCCGACAUCGCUCGCGCAACCAAUCUACGUGUGGAAGACGCGGCGUUCGCGCUCAAUGAAUGCGGUCUGUUGAUUCGGCGACAGAAGGCGGACGGCUCAGGUGCCGAGGAGAUUGUCGCGGUAUCGAGAGAGAUGGUGGAGACAGUAGCCAAACAGAGGAACGUCAAGAGGAUGUGCAUGAGUUUAGCCCAUGUGCUCCUGUAA